AUGGAGUUUAUGAACAUUAUUGGCGAGCUCCAGGCCCUCCCCGACAGCGUCCACAUCCUAUGCCCGCGACAACAUGACGACGACCACGGACGAUAUGACGAUCCUAACGAGGUUGACGAAUCGGGGAAGACUAUGGCGGAUCGGAUAACGGCAGCGAACACACGCAAAGAGAAGUUCCUCUCAAGUAUGCGCCUCUUGGCCUACAGCCAGGAAGAGGUCGAGGAGUUGCAGAAUUGGAUCUGGCGCAAAUUGGACGACUCGCUCGAGAAAUGCGACCUCUGCAUCAAGAAAUAUUACACGGGGAAAAUCUGGUUGAUGGAGCAUCUGAAAGAGAAUCACGAUGACGAGGAUAUCGAACGAUUCGCGCGCAUGCUGGACGAAUGGGAUAUUAAACGGAUAACGAGGAAUUUGACGACGGCGACGGAUAGGCUGAAAUCUGUGCCCCCACAAGAAAUCGGACUUCAUGUCUUGGACCGGGCGUCGCUGCUGUCGAUUUUUGAGACCUUGAGUUGCGACGCCAUGCUCCGCAAUGAUGCGCUUUUGCAGGAGCAUUUCGACGAGCCCUUUCGGCUUAUCCAAACUAAGCGAACUUUGAAGGUGUCGGACUAUAUUCCUGCCGUGACGCGCUUCCUGUUCGACCCCAACCAAGGCCGUAGCUAUUGGGCUAUCAGCUCGUGGAUGCGGUAUUCGCGGCCCCCUUCGGCUAUGGAGUUUGAUUGGGCGAUUAAGGAGGGGUUGCUAGAUGCACUACGGAUGGCGUCUCAGCAGCCCUCCCAGGUGGCCGUGAUACAGAGACUCUGGCGUGGAAUGCAGCUGGUCGUCAAACGCCUGGAUAAGGACCAAAUUACUCAUCAUUUGCGCGCCCUCGAGAUCGAUCCCUGCCGCCUUUCCGUGGACCAUCUCGGAAUCCAGUCACCGGGGCUAAGAUUCCUGUUGAACACGAUUCAGAUCUUUUUGGAAAAAGCCCCGGGAGACUUUUGGGACGCCAUGCAAACAAUAUCCCCGCAGGCUCUCAUUGAGCUUGUUUUCUACAACCCCCAGGUGGACGCCUUCUUGAUGCAGACCACCGAAGGCGAACCCUACGAAAAGUCCGCCAUGAAGGAUAUGCUGUCAUGGGUUACCCCAUUUAUGCUUUCGCUGAAGGGUGCGCAUCAGCCAUCGGCGUGUAGGUCUUUGGUAUAUCAGCUUCUUGAUCGCCUGCAGGACUCGCGCUUCCCCAAACUAGCCAGGUAUCAUUGCUUCCACGUCGGAUUGAUAAGUUUGCUCCAUACUCUACGCCGCUUUACUGACCACGAGUCCUCGAGAGGGUCCGUGGCGCGUAUUGUUUUGUCUGAGACAUUGGGAGUUGUGGGAGCAAACAUCAGUACGAUCCUAAACCCCCCUAAAUUUGAUGUAGAGCAAGGGCGGCAGCAGGAGAUAUCGACACUUUGUAUGGAUGUCAUCCGGAAUACUUUGGCUCUUGAGUGCCAGUCUCUUAAGAGUGAUUACGAAGUCAUUCUGCGGCAGAACACUCUCCAGCACGGGGUCAGUACAUAUUCGGCCACCAUCUGGGAUGCGGUAGUAGGCCAUCUCCAUGAAGACAACCUGCCUCUCUCCACGUCAGCUCUUCUCGGCAUACUGCCACUGGUUGGCCUGGAGAAGUUCCCUACGAGGGGCGAUGCGAACCAGGAAAAAACCCACUUCAACGUGAUUUAUGGCCACCUCACUCACUUGUCGUGUCAAAUAAUCGAACGCCUGGCGGACUUUAAACCUGAGCAUCUUGACGAACUCUUCAAGAGCCAGGACACGAGCAGCGCUCUGAUUUCCGCACUCUUUGCCGCCGAUCUAAACACCUACCAAGCUGCUGUUGAUCUCAUCAAGAACGUCAGCGGUCAGUCCGCCAGAAGAGACGCGAUUUCCCAUCUUCUACAGGCUUUCUUCACGACCACGAUGUACGGCCUCAGUUGGUCCUUCCGCCGGAUAUCGAAUAUGAAAACAUUUGCUUCUGCUCCUCGAAUGUUACAUACAGGAACGGACAUCGUGGAUAUUCUUUGUGAUAGCCAGAAUGGCAUGCUUCGAACUCGAAAACUUGCUGAUCGGAGGGAAGUUCUCUCUCUGCAGAAGCUCUGGGAAUACUUAUGGCAGGCCUUGACCACCAUAUUUGACCAGACAGAGUCAUGGCAUCUUCGAGGUAACGACCGAUCUGUGAUGUUGGAGUUCUGUCGCGAUAGCAUCCAGUUUGCCGAUUUGCUAUUUGAUCAGUAUGGCGUCUUCCUAAGUGCUGUUGGCGAUGCAGACCCAAAUAUGGAGGCCUCCGCGCGUGAGAAUUUCCUCAAAUCUCCAAGCACGACAAUGAGCGCAAUGGUUAGAUGGCUUCGACUCAAGGAUGAAUACCUAGCCACCACCCUAGUGGGGCUGGUUUCCAAGCUCCUUCGCCGCCUAGGCGAACUCAGCGUAACAGCAAUCAAAGAUGAUGCUCUGCGAUUUAUCGAAAGUGUCGCAGUCACUUCGACUACGAAGACCAUCUUGACUUUGCGUGAGAAGGCAGAACUUGUUCGGGCGUUAGAGGCAUACUAUAAGAAACCCGUAGUAACCGCGUCGACUGCUAGUUUCAAGAAGCAGAGCAGCAUUACUGCAUUUGCCAAGCCAUCAGAGGGUUCGGGCACUUCUAGCCCUUCGAGGACCCCAGAUGAGUUCGACGACAACGUUCCAGAUGAUAUCCUGAUGCAGUUGUCUCGAUCUGUCGAGCUCAAUAAGGCAAGGGUGGCCGCAGAGGCCAAAAAGAAGGCUGAGAAAGCCAAGACACUUCCUGCGAUUCCUAAACCUAUUCCAGCACCCGCACCUGCAACCCCUGUUGUGAGCGUUCAGUCUUUCCGUGAAAAGCGAGAGAAAGAGCGAGAAGCGAAGAAGAAGCGCGACCUGGCGGAGCUGGCACGGUAUAAGAAGAAUCUCGCCGCGUCUGGUGUUGGUGAGCAGACUGCCGAACAGGGAUCUGGAUUGAGUGGAAUCGGGGUCAAGGGUAAAGAUCAUAGCCAUGGGGCUGUUGAUAGUAUGAUGGUCUCCUCUGGAUCGGAAUCCGACUCGGAAAGCGAAGACGAGCUCGACAAGGAGCUCUUUGGCGCGAAAUCGAAAUCCAAACCCGACGCCGUCAGGGCUUACGAGGAGGGCAAACGCUUGGCGUUUAAGCAUCAGGGCCCGGUCAAGAAGGUCCGGCAAGUGCGCUCUGCAAAGGACAUGCGAGCGCGGUUGGCACCGGACCUUUCCUCACUGCAUCGGACUAUCCUUGCCUGGGACUUUUUCGCCAACGGCGACCUACCGCCGAAUUCUGGACGGACCGAUUACAGCUUGGUUUCCAAUGCAUUCAGGGAUCCUAUUGAGUAUCAGAAGACAUUUGAGCCUCUUUUGAUCCUGGAAGCUUGGCAGGGAUUCCAGUCAUCGAAGGAAGAGAAUUCGUUCAAAACGUUUGAAAUCAAGGUCGCCACCCGCCUGUCUGUGGAUUCGUUUGUCGAAGUUAGCACGGUUCUACCGGCCAUGGAGGCUAAGGACUACGGUCUAGGCGAGGCAGACAUCGUUCUUCUGUCAAAGGCAGAGGCCCCGACCUCGAACCCUUCCUCUCCCCACUGCCUGGCUAGGGUUUCCGGGAUCAACAGGAAGAAGGGCACCGUCGAAGUAUCUUACCGAGUCAACCCUGGCCACUCCUUCAUCAAUGCCCUUUCCCCGGGUGCAACAAUCUUUGGGGCCAAAAUCACAUCGUUAACGCCGCUUGAGCGUGAGUACGGUGCACUUAUGGCCGUCCAAUACUAUGAUCUCUGCGAAGAAAUCGUGAAGGCCAAGCCAUCGCCCCUUCUGAACUACUCCGAUGCAAGCCUAAAGCCCCUCGCCGAUAAUUACAACGUGAAUUCGGCUCAAGCCAAGGCAAUCAAGUCCGCUCUGGACAACGAUGCUUUCACCCUCAUUCAAGGUCCUCCGGGUUCCGGAAAAACAAAGACUAUCGUUGCCCUUGUGGGUGCUCUCCUAACCAAUGUCCUCGGCGAACAAGGCGUAGCAAUCUCACGACCUACCGCCAUCCGCGGCGCACGACCUCCAGCAAGGACAACCACGUCGAAAAAGUUACUUGUGUGCGCGCCCAGUAAUGCUGCCGUUGACGAAUUGGUCAUGCGAUUUAAGGAUGGCGUGAAAACGGCGCAAGGGCGGCACGAGAAGUUGUCGGUUAUCCGUUUGGGAAGAAGCGAUGCUAUCAAUACGAAUGUCCUUGAUGUAACCCUGGAUGAGCUUGUGAAUGCGAGAUUGAGCCAGAACUCACGCAAGGACUCCGGCGAAGUCGACCUCCAGAAAAUCUACAUGGAGCACAAGUCCGCUGAUACCGCCUUCAAGGAAACUCGCUCGAGACUCGAUCAGUGCAGAGCACAGGGUCUUCCUAUUCCUGCGGAGCUGGAACGGGAAUUCGAUUUGCUCAAGAAGAAGAAAACUCAGCUGAGCCAGCAAAUCGACGAUGCCCGAGACAAGAACCAUUCGGCGGCGCGUGAUGCCGACUUGAAUCGGCGACGGAUCCAACAGGAGAUCAUCGACGGCGCUCACGUUAUCUGUGCGACACUAAGUGGAAGUGGUCACGAAAUGUUCCAAAAUCUGAGUAUCGAAUUUGAGACGGUUGUUAUCGAUGAGGCGGCACAGUCGAUUGAAUUGAGUGCCCUCAUCCCGCUGAAGUACGGUUGUUCUAAAUGUAUCCUGGUCGGUGAUCCCAAACAGUUGCCUCCUACUGUUUUGUCGACCGUCGCCUCGAAGUUCCAGUACGAACAAAGUUUGUUCGUGCGAAUGCAGACCAACCACCCACGGGACGUGCAUCUUUUGGAUAUCCAGUAUCGUAUGCACCCGCAAAUCAGUGCUUUCCCGAGCGCUACCUUUUACGACGGCAAACUGCAGGAUGGUCCGGACAUGGGCAAGCUUCGGACGCGUCCGUGGCACCAAAGCCAGCUUCUCAGUCCGUACCGUUUCUUCGAUGUGCAGGGUCUUCAUCAGAGUGCAGCCAGGGGACACUCCCUGGUGAACUUGGCAGAAUUGAGGGUAGCAAUGCAAUUAUACGAACGUCUGAUGAGCGACUUCCGGGGCUUCGAUUUUACUGGAAAGAUUGGUAUCAUCACGCCCUACAAGGGUCAACUGAGGGAGUUGAAAACGCAUUUUGCCGCCAGGUACGGCAAUUCCAUCUUCAACAUGAUCGAUUUCAACACCACAGACGCUUUCCAGGGUCGAGAGAGUGAGGUCAUCAUAUUCUCCUGCGUUCGAUCGUCUACGAAAGGAAUCGGUUUCUUGUCCGAUAUCCGUCGUAUGAACGUCGGUUUGACGCGUGCCAAGUCGUCUCUCUGGGUUCUCGGUAACUCCCAGUCUCUGGUGCAGGGUGAGUUUUGGAAUAAGUUGAUCAAGGAUGCCCGCCGAAGAAACGUCUACACGGACGGCGACGUCCUGAAGAUACUUCAACAACCUCAGUUCACCGGCUAUACCAACGUUGAGAUGACGGACAUUGAUGCCCCGGGGUCUAAACCUCCUUCUCGGCCGGCGUCGGUCGGAUCUGUCUCUCGACCAUCCUCCGUCUCUCUUGAUAACCUUCCCUCUGACUCUCCUUCCGUGUCUGCCUCUGGGAAAGGCACCCCACCAAUGCCAAUUCCGGACGGGCCCUCAGGAGGCCACAAUGGCUUGGAUGAAACUCGCAUGUGCGGGUACUGUGGAAGCUUUUCCCAUAUGACUCACAACUGCGACAAUAUGGAGGUAAAGGAGACAACCCAAAGCACGUGUUUCAGAUGCAGGCAGACUGGGCAUACACGUAUCACGUGUACGGCAGAGCGAUGUGUGGAAUGUGGCCAAAUCGGACAUCUCGCCCAUGCCUGCAAAGCGGCCAGGCGUCUGUCAAAAUUUGAGAAAGGGAAAAUUAUGCGCGAGGAGAGCAGCCUUGCUCACAUGCAGAAGCAGAGGACGGAACGCCAGCGUGCCAAGCAACUCGGGGGACAUGACCCUAAGGUUCCGUCCAUCCAGGUGACCACGGGCUCGGACAAUGAUAAAUCGGUCGAGCCGGGUAAAUUGGAUCCCAACAAGGGCUCGAUCAAGCGCAAACGCCCCAAUUCUCCACCCACCGGUGCUCCGACUGGUCCCAAACGCAGGGGCGAUCCGAAUGCUCCGCCGAAUGCCCCUAAGGGUCCACGGCGUGGCAAGCUCGAUGCCAAUAUUCCAACCAAGCCUGAGGGCCUGAUCAAGCCGUCUCGGGAUGGCCCGGCAUAUGCCCCUAUCAAGCAUAAUAACCCUCCAAGCGGCCCGGACGCAGGCUCCGCAGGCUCUGCAGCAGCGAAUGUUCCACGACCGCCACCACGCCCUGGAAACGGAGUAAAACCUCCCCCUCCUAUGCGGCGCAAGAAGAAAGAUGCCGAUCCUUUUAUUAGGCCGAAGAGAAGGUAG